UCAUCAACAGCCACAAACUCUCAUUUUCAAAUCUCAUUAAUACAUAUUCUUGCAACUUUCCCAUCUCCCAAACAAAUUCUUCUCCUUCACAAUCACAGCCAUGAAAAAAAAGCAAAAGAUUCAAUACAGUAAUUACUUCUCGAAGUUAACAGACUCCCUCCUCUUUAUCAUUGUCUCUCUCUUACCGUUCAAGCAAGCUGCAAGAACAUCUGUCUUAUCUAAGCAGUGGUCUCAUAUUUGGCAUUCUACCAAAAACAUAGAGUUCAAUGAAAAUUUCUUCGUGAAUUCCCAAGAAUCUGAAGAAAAAAGAGGGAAUCAGAGAAGGGUUUUCAUUGAAUUUGCUAAAAAAUGGAUCUUGAAUUUCCAAGAAUCCUCCAUCCAAAACUUCAUCCUCACUUGCUCUGAUCCCGGGGAAUUCCUUACUGACAUCCACGACAUCAUCAUAUUUGCCCUCGACCACAACUCUAAGAACCUAACUCUGGAUUUUUCUGAUCCACAAUGGGAUGAUUGUGAUAUCGAGGAACAUCCAGCCAUCUUUGAUUUACCAUCCAAAUUUUACAAGCACCAAUUUCUCGAGUCUUUGAAGCUUGCUUCAUGCAAGCUUCGUAUGUCAGUGUUUAAAUUUGGUUCCCUCAAGGAUCUUUCCCUUAGUUGGAUUGAACUGAGGGGGUACGACAUACAGACUCUGGUGAACAACUGCCCUCUGCUCGAAAGUCUAACCCUGAUAAAGUGUACCGGUAUGUAUGAACUCGAAGUCAGUAAUCCAAAUUCAAGGCUAAAAAAGUUGGUGGUGGACAGAUGCAGUUUCGUUUUUAACACCUCCAUCUCUAUUGAUGGACCACAGCUUCAAAUCUUCAAAUAUUCAGGUAAAGUAGGAGAAUUCCAUAUAGAAGGCCAGAAGUGUAUCCAAGAGGCAGAACUAGAUUUUGGGUUAGAGGAGGAAUUUGAAAGACUAGGUGAUCUCCUUUCUGAUCUCCUUGAACAGCUUGACUCUGCCAAGGUCCUUACCGUUGAUAGUUACUUACUUCAGGUAAUUACUCAUGGGAAUGAUCCACAAUAUUGCGGGGAAGGCGACCUCGAAACCAAACAUCUAAUUUUGAAGACUGCAUUACAUGCUAAUGAGUUCCCUGGAAUCAAAUACCUGCUGGAGAGUUUUACACCUCUUGAGAAACUUACAAUUGAAAUUGGCCCUUUAAAAGUCCUCCGUCGUUAUGAGCCUCGAUAUCGGUUUAAUCCUGAAGGUUGUUGGACUAAGAACUUGAUCUUAUACAAAGACAUAGAGAUAGAUGUGAAGGAAGCGGAGGUGAAAGGCUUUAAGGGAACAAAGAAUGAAUUAUUUGUGCUACAAUAUCUGCUCGUCCUCGCACGUUCAAUGGAGCAGAUGCACAUUUAUCUCUCGAGAGAAGUUGGUGAGGAUGGUAGCAAUGUAGAAACUUAUCGACAAAGGACGGUGGAAGGGGUGAUGAAAUUCAGGAGGAGCUCAAAAACUCUGCGAAUAUCAGUCAAUUAAUUUAACUGGGGAAAUGCAGUGUGUGAGUGUCUGUGUUGCUCGUGUUGUUUGCAAUUUGA